GUCUGUUGAACCUUGUAAUUACGUUACACAGUGCGUUUCUGUGUACACCGCAACACAGCUCAGUGUUCAAAGCUUCAAUACUAAUUGUCUGCUUCUGUGUUUUAAGGAUCGGACCAUUCCAAACAAAAGUGGAUUUCCCGCAACAAAAGGAGUGUCUGAGGACUGAAGAUCCCUGGAGACAAGUAAAAAAAAAGAAGAAGGGGAUUGCGCAAAAUACCUAUCACAAAGAGCUCCCUUAUCUGGACACGAUGGGCUUGCUGCUUCUGAUCAUGCUCCUGAGCUUCUCUGCCCCAAGAGCCAGCUGUGCAGAUUGUGUGUCCUGGUGCUUCUCCUGUGCCAUGCAGCUACGCUUCACCAAUACCCACUUUAAUCCAUUGGUCUGCUCUUUACAGUGUGAAGGGUCCCUGUCAUCUGUUACAGAGUGGGAACGGUGUGAAACAAUCCUUUCUCCUUUAGGAACCAUUCUUGAAGUCUCUAAAAGGGAACAGGAGCGAGUGCCCACCUCUGCAGACCUUCAAGAGGUGCCAGAAAAGCGCUACGGAGGGUUUAUGAAAAAACUGGAUAAGAACAAGUUCUUGUUCAGCUCUCCAAAACGAGAGAGCGGUGUCUUUCGAGGUGAAGAUGGGAAGGCCUAUGGCGGUCUCUUACACAAGUAUGGAGAGAGGGACAUCUUGGAGAUGGCUGACCCAGAUCAGGAAACAGAGAUCAGUGAGGAAUCAGAGGAGCACAACCAAGCAUGGAGCACAAAAGAUGAGAAAAAGCGUUAUGGGGGGUUCCUACGCAAGUACCCCAAGAGAAGCACGGAGAACUUACAGGGUGUGGACUUGAAGAAGAGAUUCAUCGACCCAGAGAUUUCCCCGGACCAAGGAGUGGAGGAAGUGGAGACGGAGCAGGGGGUAGAAACAGAGCAUGGAGUGGCGGAACUUCAGAAACGCUAUGGUGGGUUCAUGCGCAGGAUUCGGCCCAAGUUAAAGUGGGACAAUCAGAAGAGGUAUGGCGGAUUUCUCAGGCGCCAGUUUAAGGUCAUAGCAAGAUCAGAAGAGGAGCCCAACACCUUUUCAGGGGAGUUGUCUGAUCUUUAAGAUAUAGUCAUGUGUGCUGAAGGUAAACGGGAGGUGGUGGAAGGAGGAAAACCAUCUCAAAUCCUUAAAUACUGCUCCCUUCAUAUCUCAUUGCUUCAGUCAAAGUGGACCUGCCUCCAGUAUACAACCAGAGCAGACAUUAUGUGGGCUUGGUCAAUUCACUUGAAUUCCUAGUUAGUAGGCCACAUAAUAAUCAGCUCACAAAAUGGCUGCCUCCAAGGAAUUUUGGUUGCUGUCGCUGAUCCCUUCUCCUGUAAAUGCAAAACACCUGUCUGCUAUGCUUGAUCCAAUGGUGUCUAUACUGAAACAAGUAUGCCGACCAGACUUCAUUGGCCACGUGCUUGUUUCAGGUCAGUGACGGUGAGAAAAUACUGAAGCCUGAGGAGGUCAGCAAUGGCAUGCUACGCAAUCCUCUCAGGUUUCCCUUAAAGGAAGUAGUUAUACCAUGUAGCCUAUGGUAAGAACAAACAAUAGUCACUCACCAUAGACCAGUGAUGGCGAACCUCGGCACCCCAGAUGUUUUAGAACUACAUUUCCCAUGGUGCUCAAAUUGCUCUGCAGAGUGCAUGAUCAUCAUGGGAAAUGUAGUUCCAAAACAUCUGGGGUGCCAAGGUUCGCCAUCACUGCCAUAGACUCUAUUGGUAUUGUCAGCUGCACAUGUUUUGGACCGUUAUCCCCUACAGCUAGGUGUUUAGCGCCUUGGCAUAAAGACUUUAUAUCCUGUACCCUGAAGACCACAUCACCUAAAGUCUGUAGAAAACACUACAUACGCUCAGAAUAUAUAAAGCAACAGUCUACCCAACAAGGGUAUUGUAGUAAGUUGUAUGUUACAGUGCCAGCAUUGCUAUCUCUUCUUCUCCAGGUGUUGAUGUGGUUUAAUAAUUUAACCACUUCAGCCCCGGAAGGAUUUACUCACUUCCUGACCAAGCCAUUUUGUUUGCAAUAUGGCACUG